CAUAGCAAACGUUGGGAGGGGGGUACAUAUAUGCGAAAUUUAGUGAUGUCUCCAGCUUGAAUUUAAAUAUUUAAACAGCUGGCCAAAGAACUGGCUGCCGGCCGGCCAGCAGCAGCCAAACGCCCAGAACCCAAGCACCCGUCUGGAGUCUGGAGCGAGCAGAAGACAUACCAAAGCCAAGAGAGUCGCACGCACAUCUGGACCCCUCGCGACGUCUGUAUAAACAAACUUCCACACAAUAAAUUAUUGCUGCCUGCUGUUGUUCUUGUUGGCGUGGAGCACAUAUGCUAUGCAAAAACUAGUUUGAGCGGUUAUUGAACCUCUGACACUUGACUUGCGUUUGCCGGCAAAAAUAUUCAUUCGCCCCCGAGGGCUGACCGCUCAAUAAGAAGUUCAACCCGGUAUCCAGGAACGGACGUGUCAGCGAAAUUCUGCCAAAGAAGAGUGGCAUGCACGUGUACACCAUGAGUAAUCGAGUGCCGGAGCUAAUUAUAUGCUCCUUCAUCGUGGUCAGCUUGCUGGUCAUACACUUCUUUUCGGACCUGUUGCGAGCAUCGCUGGGCGGCUUCUACACCAAGGAUGUGACCCUGUCGCAGCUGGUGGAGGCCCAGAGCUCCGACUAUGCCUGGCUGCUGAAACUGAUGGUGAACUGCUUCGGCUACAGUUGCGUCUUUGUGCCCGGCUAUCUCAUCUACAAAUAUGUGGCACGCACCGGCUAUCUCGAGAGGGGCAACAAGACUUUUCUGCACACGGCCAUCAACAUGUGCAUCACCGGCAACUCCAGCUACGAGCCAUUGGAUGCUGCGGCCAGUGCAGCGGAUAAGGAACGAUCAGCAGCAGCAUCGGCGGCUGGCAAGCGUACGAGUUCCCAGGAGGCUGUGCAGCUGCUUUGGUGCUUUGGCGGCCUCAUGGUCUCCUAUUUGACCUGGGGCGUGCUGCAGGAGAAGAUCAUGACACAGAAAUACCUGAACUUUGCUGGAGAGAGUGCCAAGUUCAAGGAUUCGCAGUUUCUGGUGUUUGCCAACCGACUGCUGGCCUUUGUGGUGGCCCUCAUCUAUCUGCAAUGGCAGCCCUCGCCCACGCGCCACCGUGCACCGCUCUACAAGUAUUCGUAUGCCUCGUUCUCGAACAUAAUGAGCGCCUGGUUCCAGUAUGAGGCGCUGAAAUUUGUCAACUUUCCCACUCAGGUGCUGGCCAAGUCGUGCAAAAUAAUCCCGGUGAUGGUGAUGGGCAAGAUCAUGUCGAAAGCCAAGUACGAAUCGUACGAGUACGCCACAGCUGUGCUAAUCUCGCUGGGCAUGAUCUUCUUCAUGAGUGGCUCGGCGGACAGCAACAAAGCCAGCGGAGUGACCACCCUGACGGGCGUAUUCCUGCUCUCCUUGUACAUGGUCUUUGACAGCUUCACGGCCAACUGGCAGGGCUCGCUCUUCAAGAGCUACGGCAUGACCUCCCUCCAGAUGAUGUGCGGCGUUAAUCUCUUCUCCUCGAUCUUCACUGGCGCCUCGCUGUCCAUGCAGGGCGGAUUCAUGGACUCCCUUUCGUUUGCCACCGAGCAUCCGAAAUUCGUGUUUGAUAUGGUUGUGCUUUCCAUUUGCUCAGCGGUCGGGCAAUUGUUUAUUUAUCACACAAUCGAUGUCUUCGGCCCAGUUGUGUUUACCAUCAUUAUGACGCUGCGUCAGGCCGUAGCCAUCAUGCUCUCUUGCUUCAUCUACCACCACAGCGUGUCGGCUCUGGGCAUCUUUGGUGUUCUCAUCGUUUUCGUGGCCAUCUUUCUGCGCGUCUACUGCACACAGCGUCUGAGGGCGAUGCGCAAACGGGCCGAGGCUAACAAACCCAAAAUGGCUGUCUAACCAGUGGCCUGGCGUAUCGGCGCCUCGUACACAACGCACAGACUUCCCAGCUCAGUUUUUAAGUUAUUAUCUGGAUACUAAGCUCACUACGGAUCCUACUUCCUAUCUCUCCAACAGAGGCAGCUCGCAGCUGGAAUUUCUCUUCCCAUUUGUACAGUUUUGUUUUUCUAGUUUUAAGUUUAAAGUGUAUACUUUUUAUUGUAACCUUAAGUAGACUGCCCCCCUGUGGAGGCCAAACGAUUUUAUGUGUGCAUCAAGUAAAUUGUCUAGGUAUGAUAUGCCACAGCAUGAG